GAGAAGAGCGGCCAAACAGCGCCAGUGGUAGGGGGAGGUAGUAGACGCCUUAUGCGAUGCCUCGAGUCCCUAGUCCAGAAGUACUGCAACCACCCGCAGAAACUCCCCCAAAUCCACACCCUUCUCAUCACCACCGGCUUCUUUCGUUCUCCCCCUCCAGACUCCCAACCAAGAUGCCAAGGAAGCACCGGCACCACCUUCGUCUACAACUGCCUCAUAAGAUCCUACCUCCGCCGCGGGGACCCGCCCGCCACCGCCCUCCACCUCUUCACCCAAAUGCUCGCCCUCGGUACCUCACCCAACCACCACACGUUCCCCUCUCUCCUCAAGGCCGCCGCCGCCUCCUUCUCCACCGGCCGCUCCAUCCACGCCCAAGCCAUCCGCCGCGGCCUUCUUCUCGACGACUUCGUGAACUGUUCCAUCGUCAGGUUCUAUUCCCAACUUGGCCACCUCUACGAGGCCCGCGACACGUUCGACGAAAUCCCUCAACCAGACAUGGCGUCCUGCAACGCAAUGCUCGACGCCUUCUGCCUGAAUGGCGAUCUCGAGUCCGCUUCUCAUUUCUUCGAAUGCAUGAUUGUUAAAGAUAUUAUCUCCUGGACUAGCGUCAUCAACGGAUUUGCUAGAAAUGGAAAUUUCCGAGGCGCGAUGGAGUUGUUCAGAAGACUGAUGCAUAAGAAUCGGCAAGCAGAGACUGUGACAGUGAGGCCCAAUGAAGCCACAUGGGUCUCCGUCCUCUCUGCGUGCGCUAACAUGGACGGAGCCGGAGCCCUACAUGGGGGAACCCAGAUCCAUGGGUACAUCAUACGGCACGAGACCCGAAUGACGGCGUUCUUGGGGACGGCACUGAUUGACAUGUACGGCAAGCACGGACGUCUGAGUUACUGCGCCAUUGUUUUCAAUGCGAUGGACGAGAAGGAAGUAUGCACUUGGAAUGCUAUGAUAUCGGCACUGGCCAGCAACGGGAAUGAGGCCGUGGCUGUGGGUUUGCUCGACAGGAUGCGAGCUGAAGGCCUGCUGCCUAACCACGUCACUUUUGUUGCCACAUUGACAGCUUGUGCUCGGGCGAGGCUGGUCGACGUGGGGUUACGGUGGUUCGAGGCAAUGAACAGUGAGUUGGGGGUGGUUCCAUUGAUGGAGCACUACGGGUGCGUGGUGGACCUUUUAAGCAGGGCAGGCCUCUUAAACGAGGCAGUUGAAUUCAUUAGGAGGAUGCCGAUGGAGGCUGAUGCUUCGGUCUGGGGGGCUCUUCUAGGGGCCUGCAAGGUUCAUGGUGACGUGCAGUUGGGGAUUCAAGUUGGUCGGCGAUUGCUAACAUUGCAGCCUUGGCAUUCUGGGGUGUAUACGGUCUUGAGGAAUAUAUAUGCUGGGGAAGGGAGAUGGAAUGAGGCUGCAGAGCUGAGAGAGGCCAUGGAAAACGCAGGGGUCAAGAAGAUUAUCGGACAAAGUUGGAUCGAUUCUGGCUGCAGCGUUCAAAAUGCUUAAACCAAAUAUUAGUUUACUAUGUUUUUCAACAAACAAGAAGUGUAUGCCCCAAGUACCCAUCUGCCAUAAUGUUUAUAGAGCCAGGAUGCCAUGCCGAUUUCCUUCUAAAGAACAUAAGGAAGAGGUAGCCUGUGUCAAGGAUGGCAAGUUGGGGUCUCUCUCUCUCUAGCACUCGGCAAUUGAACUGGUCCUGCGAUCAUGUUGACAUUGUGUUGCUCCUUAUGGACGUCGGUGGGGUUGUCUCUCUGAUCUUCCUCCAACUCGUUCGUGGUAUGGCGCAUGAAGGCCUAGGCAUGCCUUGUUGCCAAAUGGAGUUCCCCAACUUCCAUCCAAAUCUUAGCCAGAUGUCCUACCACUAGUGAGCUCGCAUGGUUUCGUGAAUGAUUCGAUGUUAUAUGUAUAUGAUGUAUUUUUGUUUUGUUCACUUGCAAUUUGACUUGACAUGCCUCAUAACGAUCCUAUUGCCUUUAUUCAGGUUACCAUGGUUUAUGAUAUAGAGCUCAUGUUUUUUCUUUCUUCUCAAUGUUUUCUGUUGUCUGUCUACAGAAGCUUGCAGGAGGUUGGUCUCUUAUCUACAUUGCUAACAUUGCUAUUAUUCUAUGCUCUGGUAGUACUUGCCAGGCCUAUCUCUCAUGUUGUUAGCUAUGCCAGGUUCAAUCUCUAUCAUUGCUGCUGCUUGUCCGAUGGGACCUCCAUUUCUAUCUGCUGCCUGCUUCUUUAUGUUAUAAAGAUUGUUUGUUUACAUUAUUGUCUUAUGCUGCAA